AUAAUUGGUAAUAUCAGUAAUAGGCCACGUCAAUCAUUCGCUUAAACAUAUGAUUCGUUUUAUGUUGUUUUCGUACGAUCUUCAAAAUGUUGAAUGUGAUAUACGAUGACAACAGUUGGAAAUUUAUUUUCCCAAUUUUAAUAAAUUUCGCGAUGUCGACCACUGUGUACUUUUUAACUAUACGUUUAAUACCGAAGAUAAAAGAUAUGUUUGUCAAAGCUAACCUAUACGGUAUUGAUAUGAAUAAGAGAAGUGGUGAAAAAGUGCCCGAAGCUUUAGGUGUUGUCACUGGAUGUCUUUUUCUUAUAACGCUCUUUCUUUUUAUUCCUGUACCAUUUACAAACUAUAUAUUUAAUGACAUAAACUUCCCUCAUAAUGAGUUUAUGGAGUUUUUGGCAGCUUUACUCUCAAUUUGUUGUAUGUUACUUUUGGGGUUUGCUGAUGAUGUUUUAGACCUACGUUGGAGGCACAAAUUAUUAUUACCUACUAUUGCUUCCUUACCACUUUUAAUGGUGUAUUACAUUAAUUUUAAUUCUACAUUAAUUAUUGUGCCAAAACCCUUAAGACCAUGGUUUGGUCUUUCAGUGGAUCUUUGGGUAUUUUAUUAUUUAUAUAUGGGGAUGCUAGCAGUGUUUUGCACAAAUGCUAUAAACAUAUUAGCUGGUAUAAAUGGUUUAGAAGUUGGACAGAGCUUAGUCAUUUCAAUAAGCAUUCUUUUGUUUAAUAUAAUAGAGCUAUCAGGAGAUCUGUGGAAAGCACAUCAAUUUUCAUUGUAUUUCAUGCUUCCAUAUAUAGCAACAUCACUGGGGUUAUUAAAAUUUAAUUGGUACCCAGCACAGGUAUUUGUGGGCGAUACUUUUUGCUAUUUAUCUGGAAUGACAUUUGCUGUUGUUGGUAUAAUUGGACAUUUCAGUAAAACAACUUUAUUAUUCUUUAUUCCACAAAUAAUUAACUUUCUUUAUAGUGUACCACAAUUAUUUCAUUUGAUACCAUGUCCUAGACAUAGAUUGCCAAAAUACAAUAAAAAAACUGAUAAGUUAGAUAUUAGUACUACAGUAUUCAAUAAAAAGGAUAUUGGUUCUGUGGGUAAAUUCAUAGCAUGGAUAUUUAGGAAACUAAAUAUAAUAAAAUGGCAAGAAGAUGAUCAAGGUAUUGUUACUUGUAAUAAUUUGACACUAAUUAAUUUCGUGCUUAUUAAUACUGGCCCAAUGAAUGAACCUACACUUACAUUGAUUUUGUUGCUAAUUCAGGUUGUUAGCAGUUCAUUAGCAUUUCUCAUAAGAUAUCCUCUUGCUUCGAUUUUCUAUGAGGUUUGAAAAAGUACAUAUUUAGAAAGUAUGAAGUUAUUUUGUUUUUUCAUAUUGAAAUAGUGUAUCUGUUAUAUUAAACUUCUUUUAUAGAAGAAUUUUCCAAUAUAAAUGUACUUUCAUACUUUGUAAUUAUUAUUAUUUAAUGUAUAUUUAUUAACAGCUUUGGAUUAUGCGAAUAUUAUUUUGUUACACUAUUAUCAGGAAAUAAAGUAUGUUUCUUUAUUUCUU